AUGAAGGCAUGGAAGGACUUGGACCACGGAAAUAAAGUGAAAUUCGUUGGUUUUGCGAUUGGAGCUCGCGGCGCAGUACCAGAAGCGGCACUGGUGUCCGAAUGGUGUUCGAACGGGAACCUUGUCCAAUAUCUGCGUCGCAAACCAUCUUGCAAUCGGCUGCCCCUCCUUCUCGAUGUCGCUCGAGGUCUGACCUACCUUCAUGACCAUGACCCUGUUGUAGUUCACUGCGAUCUCAAGCCUCUCAACAUAUUAAUCACUGAGGCCGGGCAUGCCAAGUUGUGUUACUUCGAGCUAUCUUUGAUAGGGGACGGAUUGACGACAGGCUACACAUCUUCAGGGGCCUCAUUCACGUUGCGCUAUUGCGCCCCGGAAGUCGUGGAAAGUAAUGUCAAGACGACAUCUAGUGAUAUUUACUCCUUUGCCUGUAGUUGUGCCAUGGUGAGCCGUUGUGAUUGA